GUUUGCCAAUGUGCCCUGGCCGGUUGCAUUUGCAAAGGAAGACGCACUCACGGGCUUUAACUCGGAUCUUUCUAACCGUCCGAUAAAUGUCAUGUCAUUCGUUAGGCAGCUCCGUUCCGUGGUAUUACUGAAGAAAUUGGCAUCAGUACUUUCAAUUGUUACAUCGUUGAGGGGCUUCAUCGAAAUUGUUUCGCCCAGCGUCGGGGAGACGCAGGACUGAAGUCGAGGCCGCACAAAAUGGGCGGGUAAAGAGGGGGGCAAAAGAAAGAGCGGAAGGAAGUGGAACUGCCCAGCAGAGCAGGUCGCGAGAUUUUUUUUUUUUUUUUUUGUUUGAAAAAACCGAGUGGGGAGAGGGAAGCAUCGACUCCUCCCCCUCCCUCCCAAAUCAUCUCUUUUUUCCCCCUUGCUCCCAGCGCAUCGAGGGCUCGAUCAGAUUCCUGUUCCCAUCCCAAAUUCCUCUGGGUCGUCCGAUUGAAGCUUGUUUAGAUGCUCCCUCGCGGUGGUUUCAAAUCGAUCGUCUACCACGGCGAUGUUCGGUUAGGCGAGGCCGACGUCUUACCCCAAAACCCUAAUUUCCACGCCCCUUCCUUCGCAGAGAUCCGCGUCACCGGUUUCUCUCCUCCGAGCGAGAGAUGCCAACCCCUCGCCGUCCUCCAGGCCAUCUCCGCCUCUGGCCUCUCCUUCAAACUGGAGUUCAAAUCUCGCGCCGAUUUUCCGUCAAUGCACCCUCUCCACGUUUCUUGCUUUAACGAGCGCAAGACUGCUGUUGUUAUGGCCGGCAACGAAGAGGUGCAUCUGGUGGCAAUGCUGAGUAGGAAGGAAAAGUUCUUGUGCUUCUGGGCUUUUAACGUGGCUAGAGGCCUCUACAGCGCCUGCUUGGGAUUGCUAAACCUCAGAUGCUUGGCGAUUGUGUUCGACCUCGACGAGACGUUGAUCGUUGCCAACACAAUGAAGUCUUUCGAAGACAGGAUUGACGCUCUGCAGCGGAAGCUCAGCUUGGAGAACGACCCCCAGCGCGUCGCUGGAAUGUCUGCGGAGCUCAAAAGGUAUGUCGAGGACAAGGGGAUCCUGAAGCAGUACACCGAAAGUGAUCAGGUAACUGACAACGGGAAAAUGAUGAAGGCUCAAUCCGAGGAGGUUCCUCCACUUUCCGACAAGCACGACCGUCUCUUCCGUCCAGUUAUAAGAUUACCGGAGCGGAAUAUGAUCCUAACUCGUAUUAAUCCUGAGGUUCGCGACACUAGUGUCCUUGUCCGGUUGCGUCCUGCAUGGGAUGAACUCAGGAGUUAUUUGACUGCUCAGAAAGGGCGAAAACGCUUUGAGGUGUAUGUCUGCACCAUGGCAGAAAAAGAUUACGCGCUCGAGAUGUGGAGGCUUCUUGACCCGGAAGCACACUUGAUAAGCUCAAAACAGCUACUAGAUCGUGUUGUUUGUGUAAAAUCAGGUGCGAGGAAGUCAUUGGUCAAUGUCUUCCAGGAUGGCAUUUGCCAUCCAAAGAUGGCAAUGGUAAUUGAUGAUCGUUUGAAGGUUUGGGAUGAUAGGGAUCAACCUCGAGUUCAUGUUGUUCCUGCAUUUGCUCCGUAUUAUGCUCCUCAAGCAGAGAUGGCAAAUGCUGUUCCAGUUUUGUGUGUUGCAAGGAAUGUUGCUUGCAACGUAAGGGGAGGCUUCUUUAAAGAAUUUGAUGAGAACUUAUUGAGGAGGGUCUGUGAUAUCCGCUAUGAAGAUUCUCCAUCAGAUCUGCCACCUCCACCUGAUGUGAGCAAUUAUUUGAUGACAGAGGACCUGAGCAUGAUAACAAUUAGCAAUUUGCCUAUGCCUGAAACCAUAAAUGACACUGAGGCUGAAAAGAGAAUUAAUCGGUUGGAUCAGAGAUUGGGCUCUGAAGCUGUGAUGUCAGGACAAAGGCUAAUUCCAUUGGGCACAUUUGGAAGAGAUGAGCGGGAAGUUGUUAUGGACCCUGAUACAAGAAGACGGCUUCUUAUUCUUCAACAUGGGCAUGACACUCGUGCACAGAAGACAGUUGAUUCAUCUAUUUCCUUAAUGCCUACUGCCGAAUUACUGGAAGCAGAUGGACAGUCUCAUGGGGGGUGGCUGGUCAUGGAGGAUGAGAAGAUUUCAGUGCAACUACAUAGGCAGGUGCCAGGAUUAGCCUUGGAGGCCAAGUCUCUAGAAUCUGGCAGGCAGCAGGCUCAAGCUGCUUCAGUUUCUCAUGCGAUGGACACUUCCAUUUCAUCUGAAAAGCCUCAGAUAUCUGAAGUAAAAUUAGGGGAGGAACUUGUUGGGGAAGACUUGCAACAGCAAAAUAAUGUCAGGUCAAACCAUUCUUCCUUCUCAGAUGAUGAUCUGGCUACAUCGAGAUUAUAUACCAACAACAAUGGGUCACAAGUACUGACCGGGAUAAGCUCUGGACAAGUAUCUUCUGUGUCUGUUGGAGUUUUACGGGAAAUUGGACUAAGGUGUGGCCUACAGAUAGAAUUCAAACCGGCAUCAACUGCUAAUAAAGAGCUUCAAUUUUCUGUUGAGGUGUGGUUUACUGGAGAAAAAAUAAGCGAAGGAACAGGUGGUACCAAGCAAGAAGCUGAACAUCAAGCUGCUACAAAUGCCCUUCAACAUUUGGCUGAAAAGUAUGUUGAACACAUUUCAAAUGAUAAUGGGGCAGUUGGUGGAGAACCAGAUGGUGGAUCAUUACUGGACGUGCAUGGACCAUCCAGGGUAGAAAACGUGGUAGGAGAUGAAGGUUUGCCCAAUGCAAGUACAGUAGGCCAGUUGGAACCAGUAGAUGAUCUUCAGAGAUUGCCCAGUAUCAUCUCUACUCUUAAAGAAUUGUGCUUGACGGAAAACCUAAUGCCAGUCAUCAAUGACAUACCUCCUCCAUCUAGUGCACUGAAUAAAGGAGAAUUUUACGCACAGGUUGAGGUGGCAGGUCGAAUUCUUGGGGCAGGAAAAGGUUCAACAAAGGAACAUGCUCAUCUGAAGGCUGCUGAAGAGGCAAUUAGUAAUUUGAAAUUCUCUAGCCAGCAAGUGCAGAAGCGAUCAAAUUCACAAAGGGUGGCUCAGAAGCGACCAAAGGACGAAAGCUUACAAGGUGUGACAGGGGGCAUGUCCUCUGCACGCUUCUAUAGAAAUGGGAGAGCAGCCCCUUGAGUGUUGAUUACUAAAAUUUAGCUGGAUUUAUAACAAUCCCUCUUUUUAGCAAGGCGGCGGGAGGACCAGACCCAAUUGUACAGGUGGAUUCUGGGAGCUAUUAAGCAGUGCAUCUGCAUUAGUUUCUGUUGUUCUGCAUGUUCCAGGCACACUUCGGUGAAACUCGUUUUCCUGCCCAGGCAGAAACCUAUUUUGGUUUAAACAAGCAAUCUCGCUUUAACUGCAGACAAGACACUUGGGCGAUUAUUGAGGGAUCCAAGCACCUGUCUCCGGCGGCCUUUGUGAAUAAGAUGCGAGUAUGGGUCAUAUAGUGUAAUAUUUUUAUUGCGAUUAUUGUACCACCACUUGUCAUUGUUUUCAACCUGGUGUGGGGUUCAUUUCAUGUCGCUGUAGCUUUCUUUGUUAGCGUCCCAUUAUGUCUAUUUGGUGGUAUUGACUAACCACCGGCAAUUUGUUGGCCCCUCUGCUAUUAAGUUUGGGGAAUCGAUAAAUUUUGUAUUGCCUCAGGAAAGGGGAAAAGAGAAGAAUCAAACUGUAUCUUAAUGUUUA